AUGCCUAAGAGAUUAAGUGGGCUGCAAAAGGAGGUCUUACACCUCUACAGAGCUUCCAUACGGACAGCUUAUUCAAAACCAAAGAAGAACCAAAUUAAUUUUGUGAAUUACAUUCAUGAAGAGUUUGAUAAAUAUAAAAAUUUACCAAGAAAAGACUUUACUACAAUUGAACAUCUAUUGCGAGUCGGUAAUAAGAAAGUAGCCACUUUUUCGCACCCUGAAGUGACAAAUAUACAUUAA